AUGAGUGGUCCUCAGUCUGGGGGGUACGAUCUGCGCUCCAGGCGCAUUCCACCUAGGCAAGAGGAAGUCAGUCUUCUAGACGAAUCGGGCAGUGAGGAUCGAAUCGAAGUUGAUCAAAGCAGCCACGGUUUUAGGGAAGAGUCGCUUGGUCCGUUCCAAAGCCUGUUCUUUGAAGGACUUGACGACAUGGACAGUACUUUCCGUCCCGGGGGGGUGGUCUUUACUGGUGAUCCUGCAAGUCCGAGUUUGCAAAGUCUCCGCCAGGCCUGGAGGGCCAAGGAGGUAGAGUUGAAACUCAAGCCACGGUCAGACGAGCUGUUGAAUGACAAUGAUCGGUUCCACCUUGCAGUUGGACUGCUGGGAGGAGGGGCACGAGAACGGGCGUUCCAUUUGGAGAGUACGAUGGAGGUGGAGCUGUUAGCUGCAAAUGCGCCAGCGCGGGCCCAGUUUGCGACGCGCACCAGGGCCUGGCAACUUGAAUGUGAGUUGUGGGAUGGUAAAACUGAGACUGAGCGUGGUGACACAGUGCGGCCUGUUCGGCCAGUGGCACUUGCUUUUGAGAAGCUGUACUUUCAGCCGAUGGAAAGGUUUUGGGCGAUGCUUGAGGAGUUGCAUCCUGAACGUUCGAGCGCCAAGAUAAGCGAGUACAACCUGUUUACGCAGAACAAGGGAGAGUCGCUGGCGAACAUGUUUCAGAGAAUGAAGUUCCUCAUGGUCACUCUCAACCAACCCGAGCAGAAAAGCGUGUUCAAGCUGCUAGACUGUCUGAAGGCCAAGCACAUGGCCAGCGAAGUCGAGAGUCACUUGAAUCACCUGCAUUUGGAUCCGAACCUGUGGACGGUUGACCAAGUGUCCAACAUAGCGCUCCAGAUUGAACGCGGACGUAGUGAAAAGGAACUCUGGACAGGCAAAUCCAGUCACUCUGACACUGUGAGCAACAAGUUUGGCAGCACUAGUUCUGGUGAACUGGCGCCAAACUUUGCUAAGGAGAAGCCGCAAGUCAAGCAUGCGCGGUCGGCAAAGAAAGCUACGGAGGCUAACUUUGCAAGCAUGUCCGCAGCAGACAAGCAGGCAGCCUAUGAGGAUUGGCAGGCAAAACAGUCUGGGUGCGACGGUCCUGCUGACGCCUACACGGGUGAGAUCAUUGAGCUAAACGAACCCCUUGUUCCUGCUCUUGCUACAGGUACGGAGAAGAAACGGCGGUCGUCUGAGACGCAGCAGUUGAAGGGCGUCCAAGGCAACAUGCCGCUGAGCUUCCUGCCCUACGACGCCACUUCCACUGAGCGUCUCAGAGGGGGGAAGGACCUGGAGUACGAUCCGUUUCAGGUUUCGGCUGAUCAAGGUGAGAGCGAGACCGCGGGGCUGCCAAAGGCGCUUGAAAAGGUGCCUGGCGCAGGUGGAGACAGCGAGUUGCCUCAGUCGUUUGAGGAGCUUGCCACAACGGACCCCAGGUACCAGGGAAAGGCUGAUUACGAACUGCCGACGUCGCAAGUGGUGAAGAAUCCGGUUCCUGAGGAUGAGAUUCCGGGUGAAAACUUUGUGACCGACCUGUUUGGUGUUCAAAAACCCUUGUACGGGUACCGAAAUGCUGCCAGCAGGGACGGUUUGACCAGCGACAGGUCGGACAGUGAGGCCCAGUCAGGGCUAGACACCCUUGGUAAAGUGCCUGACACGUUACUAACCGGUCCUUUUGCUCAUGCAGAGUUGGAGGGAGACGUGACGGCGGACAUGGAACUGGGGGGACGUCAAGGCCGGCAUGGAACGGUGGAUCCGUUUGCAGAGCCGCCGGUCAUAAUUGAGGGAGGUGAGUUGUUGGGGGAAUACAGAGAUAUUGCCCCUGAGGCUUGGCCACCAGCAGUACGCGCCAACUACCACACGGUCGAGGUGCAGGCGCUGCUAGGAGGCCCAGUAACUGAUGAUGUCCGAGAUGCUGUGCGAGCGCUUGGGGAUAACGAGCGCUUGGGGAUAACUCAGAACAGGGUUUUCUGCCUGGGGUGGUCCGUGGAAUGUUCUCCGGGGGCCCGAGACCAGGUGAUUUUGGACCAGGCCGACAGGUGGUCACAAUCCUGGUUGUGGAAACAUUUGGCCUGGGCCCUGCGCAACUGUGAGAUGGCCGGAUUCCGGACCAUGCGCGACAUCUUUGUUUGCCCUGCAGAUUCCGCACUGGCCAGCGCGCGGCGCUUGGUGGCAGAACGGGAGAAGAGAGCAGUCGAACCAGCGCGGGCCGAGAUGACUUGGCGAGCCGCCAUUCCAAGGGCCGUUGCAGCGCUCCAGCCACCACGCGUGCCUGGGCCAGCAGCAGCGACAACACCGGCCCCAGUUACGACUCCAGUGACGCCACCUGGGUUCACGACACCCAAGGCGGCCCCACUGCAGAACCCUGCUGUCACGACUGGGGGAGACCAGCGCGUGCAGCCGGAGUUACCAG